GCAAAAAGUGCAGAAUCCGACGCCUGCCACCUCUGCAAUCUUAUCCAUUCCUCUUGACCCCAUUCCUCUUUACUCUUUCCGUCCUCCAUCCUGUCCCUCCUUGUGUGUCUCUCUCACCUCUCUCAUUUCUCUCAAUGGCUUCCACUCUCUCCGUCUUCAAUCCUACCGGAAUCCGUGCCUCCGCCGUCUCCGGCCCUCGUAAGCUCGAUCAGAACCGCCGGAGAGCAUCUCAGCCUACCUGGUGGUCUCCGAUCUUCGGGUGGUCUUCAGAUCCGGACUACAUUGUCGGCGAAUCGGCCGAGAAAUCCGCCGGAGCACAAGAAGGAAAAGAUAGCGAAACGGCGAGAUCCAGGUCGCGGUUCACUCUCGGAUGCUUCACCGAGGAGAAGGCGAAGCAACUGCGGAGGAAGACUAUGGAGUCGGCGUCGUUUCAUGACAUUAUGUACCAUUCGUCGAUCGCGUCUCGGCUCGCCUCCGAUGUGCCGGAGCUGUAGAAUUUCCGCCGGUGAUUGUUUCUCCGGGGAGGUAGGUUUAGGGCUUAAGUAAAGCUUGGUUGAUGUGAUCUCUUUUACUUGCAAUCUGUCGACUUGGUAUUAGAACUUGGACUGUACUUCGUGGAUGUGGUUUUGUUUGAUUUUUAUGAACUGGACCAUGUUUAUGUGUUUAUUUUUAUAUA